ACCGAGAAAGGUCACUGGAAAUCACUGUAGACUUAUUCACUGGAGAAGACUCGGAUUUUACGUACAAAAUCAUCUCCUCAAUUCACUCAGUGUUGUCUGAACCGCGUUAGCGUCAUCUCACUCGGCCUCACACUGAAAGUCUCAGAAAGAAGAGGGAAAAAAAUAGAAUCAUGUCAUCCCCAAGCAAACGCAGAGAGAUGGAUUUGAUGAAACUGAUGAUGAGUGAUUAUAAGGUGGAGAUGGUGAAUGAUGGCAUGCAAGAGUUUUAUGUCGAUUUCCAUGGACCCAGUGACAGUCCUUACCAUGGAGGUGUGUGGAGGAUAAGGGUGGAGCUACCAGAUGCUUAUCCUUAUAAAUCUCCAUCUAUUGGUUUUGUCAACAAGAUCUACCACCCAAAUGUUGAUGAGAUGUCUGGUUCAGUUUGUUUAGAUGUCAUCAAUCAGACUUGGAGCCCAAUGUUUGAUUUGGUAAAUGUGUUUGAAGUGUUUCUUCCUCAACUUCUUCUCUACCCCAACCCAUCAGAUCCAUUGAAUGGAGAGGCUGCAGCCCUGAUGAUGCGAGAUCGGCCUGCUUAUGAACAAAGAGUGAAAGAGUACUGUGAGAAGUAUGCCAAGCCAGAAAACAUUGGGGCUGCUCCAGAAGAGAAAUCCAGUGAUGAAGAGCUGAGCGAAGAUGAUUAUGAAUCCAGCGAUGAGGCAGUUGCUGGCCAGGCUGAUCCUUAGUAGCUCCAUAUGCAUAUGCAUGCAUGCCCUUUGAAUCAUCUCGGUGUCUGUACAUGAUAUUCAACUUCUGACAAUGAAAACCCAAAGUCCUGGCAGCAGGAAGCUCUAAUCUGGAAAAAGUCCUCACCCUUCUGCCCUUUGUUUUCCGUGGCUGAUGUGUAAAUUAAUCUACUGGGUCUUACAUGUUUCAAUUAUUUGUUUUCUGUUGGAACUGAAGCAGACGGUCUUUUCCCCUGCUUAUGCAUGCAUACAUCUCUGUUAAAAUUUAAAAUCUGUAUGGUGCCUGAGGACACAUAUUAAAUCACACUAGAAAGCUCUUUGAUUUGC